AUGAACAAGAAUUUGGGGGCACUUGUUGUUGAUGCAAGGGGGUUUGAGAAUCUUGAUUUUCAAGAAAAAGCCUAUCAAAAUUUUAUUGACAAAGCCAGAAAAUUAAAGUUGGGUAAAGGAGGUGGCGAAGCACUUACUGAGUACUUCAAGAGGAUGAGGUUGCAGAAUGAUGGGGCUAGGUUGCUUUCAAGCGAGGACACGAGUACUUUUGUGUGGUUAUUUCGAGCAUGGUUGAAGUGCAUGGAUGGUCGGGCUCCAAAAGCGAUCAUUACUAACCAAGAUCAAGCAAUGAAAAGUGCUAUUGCUCUGACAUGCGCAGAAUUUGAGAUGAAGUGGGGGCAACUUAUUCAGAAGUAUGAACUUGGUGAUAAUGCAUGGCUGCAAGGGUUAUACAACGAGAGGUCAUUCUGGGUACCGGCGUACCUUAAGGGAGUAUUUCGGGCUAGCAUAAGCACAACUCAGAGGUCUGAAAGUAUGAAUGCUUUUUUCAAUGGGUUUGUGCAUUAUAGUACAACGUUGAAAGAAUUUGUCAAUCAAUUUGAUAAUGCGCUCAGGAAAAAGGUGGAGCUUGAGACGACAGCUGAUUUCCAACCAAACCAUCCCAUCAAUGAGGGUUGCAUUUCCACCUACGAUAUUUUAGAUGAAAUUACCACUGAUGAUAACCAUGUCAAGAGCGUGAAGUACACAGUUUACUUUAACCAGGAAGAAAUGAAUAAGAUUUAUGUGUUGCCGGAUAAGAACAUCUUGAAUCGAUGGAGGAAGGACUUAAAGAGGAGAUAUACGGUGGUAAAAAGUAGCUAUGACGACUUGCGACAGAAUACGGACUCACAAAGGAAAAUAUUUGAUGAUGUAUCACAGGAUGGUGAGGUAUCGGAAGCUCCAGAAACUGAUAAGUGGUAG